AUGGCUAAAGCAGAGCACGCGGAGUGGAAGUCUUUGCUAUCCGAAGAAAAUGAAGCAUCCCGGUGUCUGUCAGAAUCAGAAACGACUACACACGCUCUUGAAGAUGUCGGUGCAAUGGCGCCCUCGUUCGGUGAUGAGAGGUAUUUUUUAGUUGAAGGCGCAGAAGCUCAGGAUAAGAGAAUAAUGGAUGCAAAAAUCUCUCCCAUUGAACGGCAACUUGAGUACUUGCUGAACAAGGCUGACGAGUUUCAAACACAGCUUCUGUGGAGUCGAGAGUGCCUCCAGAAUUAUGGGUUUGCCCAUAUCGUCCCCAUGUUUUUGCAAACUUGUCAGCCGUACUUCACUUACCUGGAGUCCACAGCCAGAAACUCCCACCCCUUCCGUCCAGCUCUGUCCACAUACAUCCGUGCACAACUUUUGCAGUUUUCUCAGCAACUGUGUUCUCGUCUGGAGCAGCUGGUGUUGCUGUACGCCUCCUUCAGUUUGUUCUCACUGGAGGAAUCUGAUCCACUGAGUAUCUCUCACUUCUUUAUUGGCCAGUGUCAAAUAGACAACACGAAGCUGUCAAUCUUCCGGUACAGUUGCCCCACUCCUUUUCUCACAUCAGCCUGUACUGGCUUAUACAAACGUAUGCGCUGGAAUGUGGAGCGACAAAUAGAGGGAGAAGGACAGACGUAUGACAGUGCAGAGUUUUAUUUCCUGUGCUGCGAGGAUGUCAUUAAGGCAGCAGACGAUAAGGAUGUAGACGGAAAGCGUGAGGAGGAAAAUACAGAAACCGACAGAGAGAGUAGAGCACAAAGGAUUUGGUCAAUUGGCUGGUGGAUUCAGACAUACCCUGAUCCAGACACAGAGGACAUCACUGAUUGGGUGCUGUGUUUAGUUCCUUUCGGUCAGUAUAAACAGCUGUUGUGCCUGGGAAGUGAGGAGCCUUCAUCCUGCACUGCCACAGACUGUCUUCUGGGGGUGCUGCUGUCUCAGGAAACAGAUUUGGCACAAAAACCUGAGGUGGCGCUCAGUUAGAGCCUCACCCGGUCUGGACAGAGCAUUUGGUUUAUUGAAAUCAGAUGAGAGCACAGAUAGAAGUUUAAAAACCUAACGUCAGUACAUGUUUCAAAAGGUUUGUUGGUUCAUGGCUGUUAUCGUGCUACGUUGGUUGUUAUGUGGUAAAUAAUUUACACUAGUGAUGGAAAGUUAAACAGAGUGAAAGUUAAAGUUGGUUUGACAUUUAAUCUUUAUUUUUUAUGAAAACAUUAAAAUACAGAGGCCAUCCAAGUAGUCUGUUACAAAAUCCAGAAAUAAAACCUGCUGGCAGUCAGAGCCUGCUGCCUUCUUUUCUCUAUAAAACAAAGAAAUAAAGCAAUCCUUCCUUUCAAAAUAAUAAAUUACAAAAAUAUACACAAUAAAAGGUGGAAUAUCUACCACACAGAAGUAGUUAUGUCUUUGCACAGUUGUUGGAAAACAUAGUAAAGAUCAGUGGAGAGAGCAGAGCAUUAUAAACAAUGCAGUUGUGUUCCUUCAUACGUCUCAUUGUAAAUCAGCCCAGUCAAAGCUAAUCUCAGUGCAUUUUUACUGCUGGCUUGUGUGUGUAUACAGUAGGUUUCUCUGUAUGGUAUUUGUAUCUGUGAUAUGUCAAGUUAUUCAACAGUAGUUAAGCCAAAAUACAGUGAAAGUCAGAAUCUACCUGGAAUCCCUGUGUUCCCUGAUUAUAAUGUAAAGCGGUUCCUUUGAUAUAUAUACUAAAAAAGGUUUGAAUUAAAUAAAUGCUACUACAUUUACAGUGUCAAACAGUACUAUACAGUCUCUAAACUACUUCACAGCACUAAUAGACAAAUAGGCAGUACAACAGUACAGUACAAAUGAAAUUAAAACCGUAAUCUCUCUUCAUAAUACAGUAAACAGACUUCAUCACUGUCCCUUUAAAUUAAUAUACAUGCACCAUCACACGACAAAACAUAAUAGGGGCUCCAAUAAUCAAAUUGUGCUUUAACAUUCCACUGGGCCACGAUCAAUCAAUUCAUUCAGUCAGACUUGUGACAGACAAAACUCCUCACCAGACUCAAAUA